GUGGGGUGAAUCAGUUCUGUACGUUUGCUUGUUCAUUUGAAAAGUUAUAAGGCUUUUCAUUGACUUUUGAUACCAACUACGGGACGGUUAAGCAAAUUCAAACUGUCAGUAAGGCAGCUUUUACCAACAAACGUCACUCCAAAGCCACGUAAAUAUUAAUAACGUAGACCUACAAAUGGAUGAAACUCCAAAGGAAACGAGCCGUGAAUUUCCAAUCGGCCCCGAGACGCAAUUAACGAUGGAUUAUGUUGAAGAUCCUGCCUCUAAGAAGUCGAACCUUUUAAAAAAUCUACCAAGUCGUCAACUUUCGCGUUGGAAGCGCCACGCCAGAAAAAAAAUGAAAGACAGGGUACAUUCAAAAGAACACGCUUACGAAGCCGUGAAUAGUGAAGACUCUGAUUUAUCUGAUAUGGAGGAGGAGGAUGAGGCUACAAUGUCGCGGAAAGGAAAAUUUGAACAAACUGAACCUUUGACUGUGCGUCUUAAGAAGCUGAGGCAGAGAAGAAGUACCUUAGAUGCAGAUGGAUCGCAAGGACUUUCCACUUGUACAGAGCUGCGACUUCGAAUUUCUAUGACGUUGAAACAAAGUUACGAAACCUGCAAGGAAUUCAUAAACUCUUAUGAGUUAUGGAGAGGACACUUCAAGGAAAUAGAAGGAUCAUUCGGAAAUGGUGUUCUAUCAUAUUUCACAUUUCUCAAGUGGCUCCUUUGGUUAAACAUUUACGUCUUCAUUCUUACCUUGUGUUUUGUGAUCAUUCCUCAAGCCCUCAGCUCAGGAGAGGAACUCCCGUUGACAAUGACUGCGCAGAACGCGUCUGCUUUUACUUCAAACUCCUCAAGUUCGUCCACGGUUGUUCCAGCUAAUGUAACAGCAUCUUCACUAGCAAGGAAGAAGAGGGAAGUUUUGCUCAACAAAAGCGAGGAAGAAGAUAAUGAUCUAAAGUGUAAUUUGGUGAAACCGUAUAACUAUUCCUCGUAUUCAAACAAGCCUUUUCCGCAGCUUCUGUCUGACUUCAUUUCCGGCAUCGGAUGGAUAAACACAACGUACAUGUUUUAUGGAAGCUACUCUAAUAACGUCUUGGUCAUAGGAAGUAAAAAAACUUUCUACAACAUGCCGCUCGCUUAUUUUGUGGUUGGCUGCGUUUGCUUUGCGGUGAUUCUGCUCUCUAUAUUAUGGAGUGCUUCGCAGAUAUUUGAGGAGAGCUACGUGAAGGAAGGCAUUAAAUAUUACCACACUUACUCUAAUAAAGUGUUUGGUGGAUGGGAUAUGUGUAUUGAGGAGCAAGCUGCCGCAAAGCUCCAGAUUAUGAGAUUCGUUAAAGACAUCGAGGCCAGUAUAGCAGAAGACCUCAGACUUGCAACUUUGGCCAACAGAACUAAGAGGGAGAAAUACAAAUUGUACGCAAUACGAUUCAUGGUGAAUCUUAUGGUGCUCGGACUCUCAGUUCUGUCAGCUUAUUUGAUUUUCAUGGCUUCUCAGGUGUCUAUAGAGACUUCCCAAGAUAAUGCUAAUAUCAAGGCGUCGCUUAUGACCGAUUUCAUACAGUUGGGGAAGAGUUACGCUUCACCAAUCACCCUCUCCGCCUUGGGAUUUAUCGUUCCUUCUAUCUUUUUCUUCUUCUCUGGCUUGGAGGAUUGGAACCCACGAGUCCGAGUCAACGUGGACUUGGCUAGAACGGUUCUCUUAAAGUUGGCCUCGGUCGCAGUUCUUCUUAUCUCUUUGUAUAACAGAAUUAACAAGACCUGUAUGUUGUGCUGGGAGAAUGCCAUUGCGGCAGAAAUGUACAAGUUGGUGUGGACCGACUUUUUCGUCACACUGUUGGUUAUAAUUGCUGUUCAAACUCCUCGAAGGUUAUUUGCUGAUCACGUUAGUUUAGGAUGUGACAUGGGCAGAAAAGUUGGCCGCCCUGAGUUUUUUCUUCCAGUUAACGUGCUUGAACUUGUUUAUAGUCAGGCUCUAAUAUGGAUUGGUACGUGGUACAGUCCAUUUCUGCCUCUCAUGGCCAUCAUAAAGCUACCAAUUACUUUCUACGCCAAAAAGGCGACUGUGUUUUAUAAUUGUAGAGCAGCGGAGAAGGCCUACCGUGCUGGGAGAUCAAACUAUUUUUUCAUGAUUCUGUUGCUCGGGACUUUCCUUCUUUGCCUGGCUGCUGUGGCUUAUGGAGUUACCCAAAUUCGUCCGUCAGAAUUGUAUGGGCCAUUUAGUGGAUUCAAUGAAGUUUAUGACAUCAUUCCUUGGACUGUGUCCAUUCUUCCUACUGGAUUUCGUGACACCUUUCAAAUUCUCGGCUCGCCUGUCUUUCUUGUUGUUCUUGGGGUCAUCAUUUGUCUCAGUUUAUACUUCUUCUAUGCCAUAGCAAAGGUUUACCGAAGAAUGAUAAGUGGUCUUCGAGAAGAACUUUCCAUGGAAUCCAGAGAUAAGAAGUAUCUUCUACAGCUGUUCGCGAGUCAAUCGGAAGAGAAGAGCUGAAGAACAGUGAUGACAUCGUUUCAACGUCGUGACGUCAUUUUCCAGAAGAUUGGACGCAUAAAACUUAAUGCGCAGAUCACAUUUGCAAUAUUUUUGUAAUUCUUAGGUGAAAGGAAUGGUUGUAGUUUCUUUUUUUUUUCGCCGAAGCAACUGGAAAAUAGCACAAGGGAACUUUCUAAGUCCUUGUAAAUUCCGUAAGGAAAACAGGGACGUGGCGGGGAGCGUGGGGGGAGGAUUUGGGACGGUUAUGAAAUCAUGCAGGUUCUUGCACCCCCACUCAGAACUUAAAAGGCAUGGUUUGUAAUGAGACACCUCAAUUUCAGGUGUAACAUAUAAUCAGUUUUUGAGCCGCUAAGAUAAAUGUAUUUUGGAAUAAAAUAGGUUGUUACUGUCUAUAGAUAUUCUAACUGCGAAUAUUUUUUAGUCGUAAAAGAUUUGCGAAUUACACCAAAUUAUUCCCAAAAUGUCAACAAAAAAAAAAAUUAUCCCGUCUUGGCCACAGAUGAUACAGUUCCCCUCUGUACCUGAUCUUUCCUCAUUUACUUGCUAUCCUAGGUGGAUUCAGAUUGAUGCUCCUUCGAAAUAUUUCGAUAAACAUAUUCAAGAGUUAUCGAUGGUUAAUGGUUGAAUUUCCUGUUAACUUUAUUAUUCCUAUUUUAAUCGCUCUCCUGUCUAGAGGUAACAGUGCUGGUUUUGAAAUUUAAAUUUUUUGUUAAUAUUUAAUUAACCCCCAAAAAUAAA